AUGGCCGAUGAUCAGGCUAAGAAACUACACAUAGCCAUGUUCCCAUGGCUAGCCUUUGGUCACAUGAUCCCAUUUUUAGAGCUCGGAAAGCGGAUAGCCCAAAAGGGUCAUCGUAUUUCAUUCAUAUCAACCCCUAGAAACAUUGAACGCCUCCCAAAGAUUCCACCAGAGUUAGCACCAUGGAUAACUUUCGUGAAGCUGCCCUUACCCCGCCUACACAACUUGCCAGAAAACGCAGAAGCCACCAUGGACGUACCCUCCCACAUAAUCCCAUACCUUAAGAAAGCCCACGAUGGUCUCCAACAACCUCUCUCUCAUUUUUUACAAACUUCAGCUCCUGAUUGGAUUAUUCACGACUUUGCCCCUUACUGGUUACCACCAAUCGCUACCAAGCUAGGCAUCUCUCGGGUCUUUUUCAGUAUUUUCAACGCAUUCACUUGGUGUGUCCUUAAACCACCAUCUCCAUCGGACGCGCAGGAGCCGGAGAACUUCACUGUCCCACCCAAAUGGGUCCCCUUUCAAACUAGCAUAGCGUUUCGGUUCUUUGAGGCGAAAAAAAUAUUUGAAAGCUUUGAAGACAAUAAUGCUUCCGGUGUUUCAGACUCGUUUCGUCACGAGAGCGUAAUCUCAGGAGCCGAGGCCUUGGCGUUUAAAACGUGCAUGGAGGUUGAAGGCGAGUGGUUGAAACUCCUUGGUGAGCUUCAUCAUGAUAAUAUACCUCAUAUAAUUCCAGUGGGCUUAAUGCCACCCUCGGCGCCGCCAGAAAGCGGCCGGGGAGACAACAACAAAGAUAGCAGUACUUGGGAUACGAUUGUCGAGUGGUUGGACAAGCAGGAGAAUGGAUCAGUGGUUUAUAUAGCACUCGGAAGUGAGAUUCAACCAAGUCAGCAAGACUUAGCGGAGUUGGCUCUUGGACUGGAGCAAUCGGGGUUGCCCUUCUUUUGGGCUCUAAGAAAGCCAAGUGGCUCGGUUGAGCUACCAGAAGGAUUUGAGGAGCGAACCAGAGGUCGUGGGAUUGUUUGGACGGGUUGGGCGCCUCAGUUAAGGAUAUUAUCUCACCACUCGGUUGGGGGUUUCUUGACUCAUUGUGGUUGGAGUUCGGUGACAGAGGCAUUUAUGUUUGGACGUGCACUUGUUCUGUUGCCCUUCUUGACGGACCAAGGAUUGAUAGCUCGGUUUUUGGAAGAGAAGCAGGCAGGAGUUGAGGUGCCCAGAAAUGACUUAGACGGCUCCUUUACCAGUGCCUCGCUCGCCCAAACACUCAGGUUGGUGAUCAAGGAUGAGGAGGGGAAGAUUUAUCGGGACAAAGCUAAGGCAAUGACCGCCAUAUUUGGAGACAAGGACCUCCACUCCAAAUACAUAGACAAAUUUGUUGAGUUUCUUGAGAACCACAAAAAAAAGGAAACUAGAGAGAAUGACAGAUGA